CCUGGGCCGUUGACUGGACAGUUAGUUUCGUGAUAGUGAAUCGAUCCGAUUUUAGCCAUGUCCACCGGCAGUGAAAAACCCGAUGUAACUGGUAUUGCAGCCUCCAAGCGCCAAACACGGCAGAGUGUGUUAGCGAUGCUCAAAAAGGUGGACAUUAAAAACAAAGCCUUGAAACGGUUCUUCUUGUUUACGUACGACUCGAUCGAACCAUCGGUGAAACAGGAAAGCGUGAAAAAGGUCUACUUCGCCAAUGGGGAAAUGUGCGAGGGCGAUGAACAUUUCCUGAAGCACAUGAAAAAAAGUGUCUUCGCGAGCAACAUUCCUGGCGGUACGAAAAAGUCCGAGAUCUAUCAACUCUUCCAGCCGUUCGGUACCGUCCUUUCCAUACAGCUCAGUACACGAGGGGGGCGAAAUAUAAUUGGUCAACAAGCAAGGCAACCCUACGAAAGCGAGCAGUACCUGUGCUGCACGAUAGAAUUCGACUCCUCCGAGAGUGCACAGAAUGCUUGCGCGGUGAAAACGGAGGGCAACUUUGUUGCAAAGCCAGUUGUGGACCCUUCGUUGGCAGGGACGGAGAACUGUGUUUAUGUUGAUAACGUCUUACCGACGACGACGCGCCAGGACGUUUGGCAACACUUCAAGGUAUUUGGACCAAUCCGUUCGAUACGCAUGGAACUUCCCGACGGGACGCUCGUGCUCACGGACGCUGAGUAUGGGGAGCUGCGGUCGGUCAACUGUCAAAUACGCUUCCGAAGACGUGCCGAGGCACUCGCUGCUGCCAAGGGGUUGAAACGAAGCAUAUUCAAAGAACGUCUCCUGUCCGUUCAGAUGGCUUACCAAAAGUAUUGCAACCCUGAGGAGCUUUCGAAUAACGCACUACGAAUCUUUUUCCAACCGUUCGGCGACAUUGUUGCGCUCGAUCAGAUUCCCCACCAACGGGUGGGCUACGUUUGUUUCAAACCACCGGUUCCAGUCGAUAUCAUCAAACGCAUCCAUCAGCUUCCAGCAUUUCGUAACCGUCGAAUAAUGGUGGAGAAACUUGAACUGCCCGGCGUACCGAAGGACGGUGCGAAAGCGAUAAAACUGCUCGGUAACGGUAAGAGCAGCGGUGGGCGGGCGGGUGAGGGAAACGGUAGUGGGAACAGUAGCACCAGCAGCAACAACAACAACCGAAGCACGGGCAGCAAAACGGGAUCAAAUUUCACCGUUAAGCUGGGUCGAAAAAUUCCCCGCAAAGGAGCGCUUCCUGUUGGUCGGAAACCGUUGGCGAAGAAAGCGAGUGAAAUGUCAAAAUCAGGAUCUUCAUCACCGGCGGUUAAAUCUUCGUCCAAAACCGUUGACAAUGCGAAGGAAAAUCGGGCCUCACUUCCGUAAUUUCUUCCGCGUGUGGUGGCAUACGCUAGUGUUACAUGUAAUUAAUCGAAUAAAAUUUUACUUUUGAUAUUUUUAGCC